AUGUUUCUUCUACGAGGACCCGGAUCCCUCUGUUUUCGCAGAAACAAUGGCAUCUUUCUCCGGAAUCUUACCCCUCGAUUUAUCACUACGAAAUCCUACGCGCCCCUUCGCAUUCUCUUUUGCGGAUCGGACGACUUCAGUAUAGCUUCCCUGAGAGCUCUCCACGAGGAGCAUGUGAACCGACCGGAUCGGAUAGCGUCCAUUGAUGUCGCCUGUAGACCAGGAAAACGAUUUGGAAGAGGACUGAAGAAAAUACGCGAGGUCCCCGUCAAGGCCGCCGCAGAGCAAUUGUCGCUUCCCAUCCAUGAAAUUGAUACAUUCAAAGGCUGGAAACUGCCUAUGUCGCAUGGAGAUCCCAUCAACUUGAUAGUAGCUGUUUCAUUUGGGUUAUUCGUGCCACCGCGCCUCCUUAACGAGGCGCGUUACGGGGGACUGAAUGUUCACCCUUCAUUACUCCCUGAUUUCCGGGGCCCUGCACCGCUGCACCAUACACUCCUGGCUGGGAGAACCAGAACUGGCGUUACCCUCCAGACCUUAGAUCCUGUGGCAUUCGAUCAUGGCGUGAUUCUCGACCAGACGCCUUCGCCCGGAUUCGAAAUACCCGAAGAUUGCACCGUCCCGAAUCUCUUGGAAAUCGUGACCCCAAAGGCGGCCAACAUUCUCGUGGAUGGCAUUAGGAAGGGACUCUUCGUGCAGCCACUGCAGGAUGCCGGCUGGCGUCAGUCUGGUUCAGAUGAACCCCUGCUCCGUGCAGGCAAGAUACUACCAGAAGACCGUCAUAUCGACUGGGCCAACUGGACCUGGGCAGAGAUCAGCAGACGUAACCGCGUGGUGGGUCCCCUCUGGAGUAAUGCUCUGGUGGCCAGCGGCGAUUCUACUGGUGUGGAACCUCUGCGGCAACGACGAGUGAUCUUCACGGAGAUCGAAAAAGUUGAACCAACUCCAGACCCUCACACAUAUGGAGUUGUGCCCGGAUUGCCUUUUGUAGAUGGCAUUUCUCCAUUCGAGCCUCGUCAGGGCAAAGGCCUCUACGUUUUCACCCAGGAUGGGAUUCUGUUGCGCGUGCACCAGAUGAAGGUGGAAGGAGAGCCAAAUGCAGAUGCUCUCACAGCUGCGCUUAAGGCUCGCAUGGUUGGAGAUCGAACAUUCUCAUCGGGUGCCUCCCAAUAUAAAUCCUUCUACGAAUCUCUACGAUAA